CCGACAGUGGGUAAAGCAAUGGAGAUGCUGGGUUAACAAGCAUAUCCGCACUGGCUGGCAUCCCAUCACAGCGUUUAACUAGGCGCUCCUGGGUCUGGGACAUGGCUGCAGUGAAGAGGCAUCCGGGAGCUUUGGAAAGGACGCCCCACAACAUUUAUGUGCAGGCAGUAGCCUGGGAAAGAGGGUUCGGGCUUCCUUGCCCUUGACUGCUACACCUCACAGGGCAACCUCUGCGCCUAUGUGGAGCCCGGGUCCCCGUGAGGAGCAAGUGAGCUGAGGUGUAGAGCUAGAAGCCUCUGGCUACCAGACCUGAUCUGAUCCCAGAGCGGACGAUCCGCCUCUUUCCGUGCACAGGGCUAGAGGGGCCAGGGCUUGGCCCAACCCUGAUGCAAGGGGAUGCUCAAUAUGAACUCGGUUCAUUUCAUUUAAAAAUUUUAUUUUUUAUUUUUUUGCAAAGUCAUCGCCAACGCCGCAGCUACGUGAAGGGUGGGGGGGGCUGGGGGCGGAGCCACGCCGCGGAGUUGCCGCAGGUAAACAGCCCCCCUCCCCGGCGGGAGCGGGCCGCACGGCCCAGGCAGGAGAGCCGCCGCCGCCCCCGGGAGGGACGCAGGGCGCGGGCCGGCUACAGUGCACGGCGGGGGCGGCGGCGGCGGCGGCCCGGCGCCCUGACAGCUCGACCCCUCUCGCGGGGCGGCAGACCCCCGAGCCCUGCCGCAUCCCCGCUGCCAUCCCUCUUCCAGCGCCCCUCCCGUGACCUCGGUCUCCAUCGCCCCCCGCCGCCCUCUCCGGCGCGCGGCCCCGCCCGCGCCCCCCGCCCGUAACCCGCCGGGCCGCGCCCCCGCCCCCCAUGCACCACCUCCUGGAGCAGUCGGCGGACAUGGCGACAGCACUGCUGGCGGGCGAGAAGCUGAGGGAGCUGAUCCUGCCUGGCUCGCAGGACGACAAGGCGGGCGCGCUGGCCGCGCUGCUGCUGCAGCUCAAGCUGGAACUGCCGUUCGACCGCGUGGUCACCAUCGGCACCGUACUGGUCCCCAUCCUGCUGGUCACCCUGGUCUUCACCAAGAACUUCGCAGCCCGUGUUUCCUCUCUGCCCUCAGAGGAACCAAUUUACUGUUAUACUCCGCACAACUUCACCCGUGACCAGGCGCUGUACGCCCGUGGCUACUGCUGGACAGAGCUGCGGGAUGCGCUGCCGGGCGUGGAUGCCAGCCUCUGGCCAUCGCUGUUUGAGCACAAGUUCCUGCCCUAUGCACUGCUGGCCUUUGCUGCCAUCAUGUACGUGCCCGCCCUGGGCUGGGAGUUUCUCGCCUCCACACGCCUCACUUCCGAGCUCAACUUCCUGCUCCAGGAGAUCGACAACUGCUACCAUCGAGCCGCCGAGGGUCGCGCCCCCAAGAUUGAGAAACAGAUCCAAUCCAAGGGGCCGGGCAUCACGGAGCGUGAGAAGCGAGAGAUCAUCGAGAACGCCGAGAAGGAGAAGAGCCCCGAGCAGAAUUUGUUUGAGAAGUACCUGGAGCGCCGGGGCCGCAGCAACUUCCUGGCCAAGCUGUACUUGGCACGGCACGUACUGAUCCUGCUGCUGAGUGUGGUGCCCAUCUCCUACCUAUGCACAUACUACGCCACCCAAAAGCAGAAUGAGUUCACCUGUGCCCUGGGCGCCUCCCCCGACGGGCCGGUGGGUAGUGCUGGGCCCACGGUGCGUGUCAGCUGUAAGCUGCCAUCCGUGCAGCUGCAGCGGAUCAUUGCCGGUGUGGACAUCGUCUUACUGUGCUUCAUGAACCUCAUCAUCCUAGUCAACCUCAUCCACCUCUUCAUUUUCCGCAAGAGCAACUUCAUCUUUGACAAACUACACAAGGUGGGGAUCAAGACGCGCCGGCAAUGGCGCCGCUCACAGUUCUGCGACAUCAACAUCCUGGCCAUGUUCUGUAAUGAGAACCGUGACCACAUCAAGUCGCUGAACCGGCUGGACUUCAUCACCAACGAGAGCGACCUCAUGUACGACAAUGUGGUGCGGCAGCUUCUGGCUGCCUUGGCUCAGUCUAACCAUGACACCACGCCCACGGUGCGGGACUCGGGCAUCCAGACCGUGGACCCCAGCAUCAACCCUGCAGAGCCUGAUGGCUCUGCUGAGCCACCCGUGGUCAAGCGGCCCCGUAAGAAAAUGAAGUGGAUCCCCACCAGCAACCCGCUGCCACAGCCCUUCAAGGAGCAGCUGGCCAUUAUGCGCGUGGAAAAUAGCAAGACUGAGAAGCCCAAGCCUGUGCGCAGGAAGACAGCCACAGACACACUUAUUGCCCCGCUGCUGGACGCUGGGGCCCGGGCUGCCCACCACUACAAGGGUAGUGGAGGUGAUUCGGGCCCCUCCUCUGCCCCUCCUGCUGCCUCUGAGAAAAAGCAUACCCGCCACUUCUCCUUGGACGUGCAUCCCUAUAUCCUAGGUACCAAGAAGGCCAAGACUGAGGCGGUACCCCCUGCCCUACCAGCCUCUCGGAGCCAGGAAGGUGGUUUCCUGUCCCAGACAGAAGAAUGUGGGCUGGGCCUGGCUGCAGCACCCACCAAAGAUGCUCCGCUCCCUGAGAAGGAAAUCCCAUACCCCACAGAGCCUGGCCUGCCAGGGCUUCCAUCUGGGGGCCCAUUCCAUGUCUGCUCACCCCCCACGGCCCCUGCUGCCGCUUCCCUGUCUCCAGGCAGCUUGGGCAAGCCUGACCCCCUCACCAUCCUGAGCCGAAACGCCACUCACCCCCUGCUCCACAUCAGCACGCUGUAUGAGGCUCGGGAAGAGGAGGAAGGAGGCCCCUGUGCACCCUCAGACAUGGGUGACCUCCUCAGCAUACCCCCACCCCAGCAGAUCCUCAUCGCCACCUUCGAGGAGCCGAGGACAGUUGUCCUGUUUCCCAAGUGCCACUGACCAUAGACUAUCCAGACAGUGGCUGCAUGCGUGCGUGCGUACAUGCCUGCGUUGCGUGCGUGUGCUGCCCCGGAGCGUAUGCAGAGCUGAAGUAGACAUGGGAAAGGCUGAGCGCACUGGAUCCAGGGGACUGGCUCUUUGGGAGAUCUGAAGCCAAUAAAGUAGCCACUUCUCACC